AUGGGGAACAUCACGCGACUUGAGUCAUCAGACCUUUCUCAGAACAAGCUAUCUGGAGAGAUCCCAUCCGAAUUAGCGCAGCUGUCGUUCCUUUCUGUAUUGAAUCUCUCCUACAACAAACUCGAGGGAAGGAUCCCAUCACGCCCUCAGUUCCUGACUUUCCUAGAAAACUCGUUUGAAGGAACUGUUGGAUUAUGCGGGCCUCCCAUGUCUAAACUCUGUUGCAAUAUCACUGAUAAGUUCGAUUUGCCUCGAGAGGGUUUAGAUUCUGAGGAUGGAUUUGACUGGGUACUAUUCGCAGUGUCUUUCUUUGGAUUUGUGGUUGGUGCAAGCGUGGUUAUCGGACCUCAAUAUUUCUGGAAGAAAGGGAGAGAUUGGGCUAAUGAACGCAUCAACAGAAUUCUUUGCAAUAAUUGA